UGGGUGGAAAAUGAAAAUGAAGCUGAAGUUGGUUUGAUUCCUGUACUCUGUUAACGUGUGGAUGGUUAAAACAGCACUCAGACCGGAAGUGCCUCCUAUUUCCCCUCACACGUGGGACAUCAGCUUUAGCUUCUGUUGACUCGAACUCCGAAAACACUGACAGUUGCGGCUCCAUGCGUCCGAGUCUGCAUCGUUACCGAUUUACCGGCGGAUGAAGUGGGCCGGAUUCCUCCUCACAAAGGGUUGUUCACAUGAGAAAAAGGGUUUUCAUGAAGAUUUUCAUGGUGUCACCUUUCACAUAAACGCAUCGUUGGGGAGGGUCGGACUGCACAACUCCCUCCAGCAGAAAGAGGCACCAGGCCAGCCCCCCCAUCUAGGUGUCCACUCACUCAUCUUACCUGCUGUGAGCCGAGGGAUCGACAGGACCAACAGACAUGGGGAAGCAGAACAGCAAGCUGCGUCCUGAAGUGAUGCAGGACCUGCUGGAGAGCACUGACUUCACUGAACACGAGAUCCAGGAGUGGUACAAGGGCUUCCUAAGAGACUGCCCCAGCGGAAACCUCUCCAUGGAGGAGUUUAAGAAGAUCUACGGCAACUUCUUCCCGUAUGGAGAUGCUUCAAAGUUUGCUGAACAUGUCUUUCGCACUUUUGAUGCUAAUGGCGAUGGGACGAUAGAUUUUCGGGAGUUUAUCAUCGCUUUAAGUGUGACAUCACGUGGCAAGCUGGAGCAGAAGCUGAAAUGGGCGUUCAGUAUGUACGACUUGGAUGGGAACGGAUACAUCAGUAAAGCUGAGAUGCUGGAGAUUGUACAGGCAAUAUACAAGAUGGUGUCCUCUGUGAUGAAGAUGCCUGAGGACGAGUCAACACCUGAGAAGAGGACAGAGAAGAUCUUCAGACAGAUGGACACCAACAGAGACGGUAAACUAUCUCUGGAGGAGUUCAUCAAAGGAGCGAAGAGCGACCCCUCCAUCGUGCGCCUGUUGCAGUGCGAUCCCAGCAGCGCUGGCCAGUUCUGAACCUGAGGCAUCGCUACGAUCUUGCUACUUUGAUGACUUCACAUACCUGUAAUUCUCCUCUGUGGAGCAGACUGAUGAUGAAGAAUGACAUGACGAAGAAGCAAGGCCUUCAUUAAGUACCGAGGACAAUAAAGAUGGACACCAGCGGCUACUUCUCCUCCCCCAUCACCUCUCAUCGAAAUAACAAACCCUUCUAAAUCCCAUCCCAGUGAUCUCCGAUCCGAUGAUCGUUCCCCUCUGAGUUCCUCGGUUCUCCUCUGGGCCUGUUAGAACGUACAGAAGGUCUGCUGUAGGUUGUAGAUAUGCCGUAUCAACUGGAGUCUGUAUCAGUGUCUUUGCUCGGCUCUCUCUGAGGUUCUGGUCGGACCCACACAGAGCUUCCAUCACUUGUGUGUGUGUGUGUGUGUGUGUGUGUGUGUGUGUGUGUGUGUGUGUGUGUGUGUGUGUGUGUGUGUGUGUGUGUGUGCGUGUGUGCGUGCGUGCGUGCGUGCGUGCGUGCGUGCGUGCGUGCGUGCGUGCGUGCGUGCGUGCGUGCGUGUGUGUGUGUGUGUGUGUGUGGAACAACAGGAGGUGCUGUAGGUGGGAUCACUUCACCUGCAUGGGACCUGUGAGGUUUGUUCUCCACUUUCUUCUCUUUUUUUAACAGAUUUUUUUUCUUUUACUUUGAAACUUGAGGACGUCGUUUCAUCGGCCGUGCUGCAACAACAAGGACAGGUCAUGGUAUGCUACUAUGCAUAUGCUCCCAACUUUAGAUUUGGUGACGUCUCACAGAUGAAGUGAAGGACGAUGAAGAGCAUCCUUCUCUCCGUCGUAUGUUCUUGUUUUGAUUUAAUUCCUUUUCAGUAACAAGCAGCAGGUCUUACUGUGCUCUAGCUUCUAUAAUAGAAACGCAGUCUUUCUAGGUAUUUCAGUACUGUGUAGGUAUUUUAAAGUGCACCUAAACUUGUUGAGCAAACCCACGUUCAGAACAACAUUGAUGUGACUUAAUAAUUGUUAUUAUAUUGGAAAAUGUUUGUUUAUUUGAGCUUUGGCCGGCUAUUGGAGCAUGCAAACCAGACACACCGUACCACAGUCACUAUUAAUGGUUUUGAAAUGCUGCAUGUGUAAUUGGUCGUCGGGUACCUGGGCGUGUAGAUUAACCAAACACAUAUGCAUGUGUGUGUUUUUGAUGUGUGUUAAUAGAUAUUAGCUGAGUGCAUCCAGAGGAGUCUCCUCCUAUCACUCACAUUCAGCAGAGAAAACAGGAAUAUUAUCCAGGAAUUCCUCACUGAUGGAAGCGAUGAGCAUCAGUUUCCAACAAGAAAAAGCAUUGAAUGUUCGGAUGCUGCCGCGGUUUUUGUUUUUCAACAGAAAAGGCACAGAAAGUCAGAACUGCUGCAGUAACACUGGGAUGCUUUUAUUGUGUUUUCUACGGGUGGACCUUUCCUAUCCAGACAUGUCACAUGAUGUAAAAUUUCUGCUGAACACAAAAUUAGCAAAUUGUGAUCAAGUGCCAAAUAAAAGCUAAACAGUAUUGUAUACAUUUAUACUGUACAAUUGUUAUAUGUUGAACAAAUGUUUGUAAUUGUUGACUUUUUGUAGUUUUGUAUGGUAACUAGUGACGACCGUUUUUCAGCACAAGAACUUGUUUUUGGGUCGGUUUAAAAGGCAGCAAUUAAAUCUACAUUAUAUGGUGUGAACGUCUUGUGUGGGCCUGAGCUUCCUGGUGACCGCCGAAGCUGUGGUGAGGGAAAACGGAUCACAGACGGCUGUCUCUGCACCGUUUGGCGCUGGAAUAUCCCGUUUUUAAUUUGAGUGGGGAUUUUACGAUGCAUUAAAUAUUAAGAUAAAAAUAAAUGAUUCUAAUCUAAUGCAAUGAUAUAAUCUAACAUUAAAAUGUCAACAUUUAGAAACUAUGGGUAUAUUAAAGGUGCAAUGUGUAAAUAUUCUACAGUAAAUAAACUCAAUCACGUUGGAGGGAAGGUUUUACUGAAACAGAUUUCCUCAGCCGGCUGGGGAGUUGUCGGUUCUCCCCUUUCAGUAACAAAAGACGUAGGCUUUGGUUACAGUCUGUGGCCCUGCAGUGUUGCAGAAUCUGCCUCGUAAUUCAACACCGGCCGCCAAAAUGCAGCAGUAUGGUGUAAACAACUACAGACAGUAAACAGGAGAGACCCAGAAGCCACGCCAUUUUUUUCUCCACACUCAUCUCGAGUAAAGAAGGCUAGAGGCUAACGCUGACCUAAAAAUGCUAACGGUGAAUUAAAAGCUACAGUGAAUCAUUCCUGUGCGGAGCCGUAACUGAAACCUAAGGUAGGGCGAGGGCUGCAGUACCCACAUUUGACCACAAGAUGUAAUACUAGAGUCUUAGAGCCCCCAAGGCACUUUACAACACAGUCAUUCACACGAUGGUGGUGAUGAGCUACAUUGUAGCCACAGCUGAUAGAUGGGCACCACUGGUCCCUCCGACAACCAGCAGCAGGCAGGGAGGGUGAAGUGUCUUGCUCAAGGACACAACAGCUGUGACCGACUGAGCAGGGCUCUAGCCUGCUCCUGGUUACCGGGCAGACACUUGACUCGUCUGCCACAAUUACCCGCGUUAUUCUUACAUAGUGCACCUUUAAACUAGGUAGUAGACACCUGAGAACUAUCAGGCUGCUCAUUUAGCAGGAACAAAAUCAGUGAUUCAUUUUGGUUUUUAAUUCUUGUUAGUUUCUGUUGCUGCCAUACAACUGUCGCCCUCUUUUGGUGGUUUAGUGGAAUUGCAAUUACUGUAAUGUAUGGUUUCUGUAACAAAAGCCAUUUUUAAAUAUAAUUAAAUCUAAAAUCAAAAGA